AUGCAUAGAUUUCGGAUGGACGCGAAAGUGGCUGCAAUACGUUCCAAGAUAGUCGACAAGGUUGCGGAUAAGAUGGCCGAGCAAGCGUUAACACGGUCUCAGGCUCGCGGAGACAAUGACUUCGACUCCGAGAAAUUCCAGCCAGCAGCACUCGGAGAUUUAGCUAGAGAGUUAACCACUCUAGUUGGUGUAUGCGGUCCGGCUGCAAUAGCCAUGCUGGCUAGAGACUCUCGGAAGGAUAUGGAUGAGCGCUAUCACGUGUGGCCAGAUAGGGAGUCCACGGGCUUGGUGACACAGGAACGUUUUUUCGCGCAAUUGGUGAACGAGACGGCAGCGGCGCAUGAGAAGAGCUGGUUCAACGGAACAAAAGAGAACCUUCUCAGACUCCAAAUCAUGAGCUCAUAUGAUCAGGAGCUGGUGAAAGGGGACUGGUGGGCUUCGAAUGGCAUAACGUUCUGCGCCACUAUAUAUAAAUCAAUACGGAAGGAGCUCACUAUACGUACGGAAGAGCUUGAAAAGACCCUUCAGGGUAUCAAUGACUCCGCGAAACAGGUCUACAUUGCUCGCAACCAUAUCGUCAAAUGCAUCAAAGACUCCUUCUCACAGCUCCAUCAGAACGUUCAGAAUACGUGUACUACCCCUAAGACCCGCAACAACCAGGUACUCCAACUAUGUUACACGGCCAACAAACGUGAACAGGAGCGGUGCAUCCUCCACAUCGACAGUUUAUUCAAGGCUCUCAUUGGGGAAGCCGCACGCUUACCUCAAGAAAUCAUUCAAUCCGGUAUCAAAAGCUACAUGAGCCAAUUCUACGAUAAAAUCCAGCUCUAUUUCGCGGAUCGGAAGGCCACCCAAUCCCGAGGGGAGAAAGAUCCAGGUCGAGUCACUGAGAUCGUGCGAGGAAAACUCGAAAGCUUUUUAGCGAAAGAGGCACCGACUAUGCUUCGUCACGCCGCAAACGCUAUUAAGACUGCAUUAUCUACAGUGGUUACUGAUACUAUCAGUCGCGCGACCUCAACAGACAGGGAAAGCACGCUCGAUAAAGCUAUCUCAAACCUACAACGAAUAUACUAA